CGCUGAGGCGCAGAGUGCUCGCAACGCCGGCUGGAGAGCAGCGCAGCGCAGCGCAGCGAGGCGCGCACGGCAGGAGCGGCCCGCGCGUGGACGGGCCCGGCGGCUAGACCGGCGCCCCUGCUGCCCCGCUCGCACCCCCACCGUCCCCAAUGAGCGCAGCCCCACGCGGCCCGGGUCCGUAGGCGGCGGGGCGCCCCCCAUGCUGCUGCAGCCCGCGCCGUGCGCCCCGAGCGCGGGCUUCUCGCGGCCCCCGGCCGCCCCCGGCGCCAUGCACGGCUCGCAGAAGGACACCACGUUCACCAAGAUUUUCGUGGGCGGCCUGCCCUACCAUACCACCGACGCCUCGCUCAGGAAGUACUUCGAGGGCUUCGGGGACAUCGAGGAGGCCGUGGUCAUCACCGACCGCCAGACGGGCAAGUCUCGCGGAUACGGCUUCGUGACCAUGGCCGAUCGGGCAGCCGCAGAGAGGGCUUGCAAAGACCCUAACCCCAACAUCGAUGGUCGCAAGGCAAACGUGAACUUGGCCUAUCUGGGUGCCAAGCCGCGCAGCCUCCAGACGGGUGAGAGCUUUGCCAUCGGUGUGCAGCAGGUGCCCCCUACUUUGAUCCAGCGGACUUAUGGGCUGACCCCCCACUACAUCUACCCACAAGCCAUCGUCCAGCCCAGCGUGGUGAUCCCAGCCGCCCCGGUUCCACCUCUGUCCUCGCCUUACAUCGAGUACACGCCGGCCAGCCCGGCCUAUGCCCAGUACCCACCGGCCACCUAUGACCAGUACCCGUACGCCGCCUCGCCCGCCACAGCCGCCAGCUUCGUGGGCUACAGCUACCCGGCCGCCGUACCCCAGGCCCUCUCGGCCGCGGCUCCCGCGGGCACCACCUUCCUGCAGUACCAGCCUCCACAGCUGCAGCCUGACCGGAUGCAGUGAGGCUGCCCCCGCCUGCGACUGCGGCCCCGUCACUGUGGGCUGGGUGGGCGCCAGUCGGGUCCAUGGGUGCACACCCACCCCUGGGCCUCGGAGGACCCUGCGGGACCCCACCAGCACCCUGGAUGGCCCAGAGACCACUGCUCUUUACACCUGGGACGUCAUGUCUUGAGGGAGGACUUGAAUGACCGAAAGCUAAUCGAAGAUCAGCCUGAAUGUCGCACACGCACCAUCCCCACCCUCCCAUACCCUAGGAGCCCGCAGGUGGUCCCCCCAGCACCCGGAAGGGUCUUCUGGACCCUCCGUAAACCCCGACCGCCCUCUGGGUCCUGUUCAGAGAAGCCUUAUUACUCCAGGGAAGCCCAGGAUUGCAAAGUGCAUUGACUGUUGUCACUUCAUCCGCAUGACUGUGAACCGCAGGUAGGGGACUCUCCCACCCCCAGAAUUCCCAUUAUCUAAAUGCUGGCCCGGGGGCACCCCCCCACCCAAGGCUCCCAGGUGCGGCAGGGCCCCCGGUGACCGGCGACUAGGGCAGCCAGCCAUGGUCCGUUCCAUCGAAGCACUGCGGCUCUUUUUCUUAUUCAUUGUUCUUUUGCUACUAAGAUGAUUUCAGAGUUUCAGUCUAUUUUUUCAAUGGAGACUCCCAUCGCCAAGAAUCUGAAACCUGUUUUUUUGACUUUGAGACUUGCUUUGGUCGAUGGCUCGUCCGCCUGAAGAGAUGGUGGUGGUGGUCUUCUGAUAAGUGUCUGCCAGCCCGAGCUCCUCAGAGGUGGGCAUCUUGACAGUGAGUUGUCUUAAGCUUGGCUCGCUCCCCGAGGCUGUGAAGUGGGUGCUGGCUGAGGGGCUGGACCACCACAUCCCGGCCAGCUGGCAGGAUAGAGGCUCAGAGCACAGGGUGGUCCCCACCCCACCCCCCACCCCCAUAGUGUCGCCUGCUGUAUACAACCUGCGGGUUUGAGCUGAGACAACGUCUGCCUGCCUUGGGAGCUCAGGGAGAGGAGGCGGCGGUUCACACACACCACGAUGGGGCCCCGCCCUGGAGGAGCAGGGGAAAGAUGAGGGGCGGGCGGGCUGGAAGGUUGGGGGCACUGGGGUGCUCCUUCAGACCUACCUCAGGGACGCGGGAGGCCUCGGGGCUGACGUACAUGGGCUUAGCUGCACGCCUGGUGCAGGGUCAAAGCCCAGAAAGUUAAGGUAGCUAAUAUUAUAAUAAUAUUUUUAUUAGAAUGGUCUGAUUAUAAAAAAUAAAACUUGUUUUCUUUAAAGAAAAA